CAUCAAUUGAUCUCCCAAGUCCAGCAAUAAAACCCAGAAGCCACACCGGAGAUCCCCGCUGCCAGUGCUGCUCUAGUCCAAAUCCAGCAGCCAGUCUCCAGCCGGUAACCAGUCCGCCGUCCAGACACCCUGGCCCUGACCUGAGCGUUCCGCCUCGCCUCGCCUUGCCUAGGUAUCACCCCUUGCCUCAGUCCUUGCCCGCCCCCUCGGUCUCGCCAAUUCGGAACACAAACUUGAAGGCGCUCACUCUUCCCCCCAUCAGCUGCUCCAACGCCUCCUGCACCCCACCCAGUCCUCCCGCCACCACCCUGUGCGGAUGCGGCUUGAGCCAGCCCUCAGCCAGUCCCUUGGCCAGGUACCGCAGCGCCACGAACGCAAAAUCCCUCUUUUCCGCGUCCUCAUCGUGCACCUCGCCGACCAUGGUCAUGACCCACUUGACGUGUGGUGGUAUCUCCUCCUCGGGCUUGUUGACCGGCAGCACCGUCGUCAGAAGCCCACCGUCCUCCAGCACUCGUCCGAGGGUGUGCGGCGUUGGCGCUUCCGACACGGCGUCAUACGCAUGCUUUAGUGACGCGCCCUUGGCUGCCGCCUUGAUGCCCUCCACCACCGCGUCCGCCCCGCCCCGGUAGUCGACCAGCACGUCGCCCUUGGACUCGUCCAGUAGCGGCCGCACAAACUCGCCUGACUUUCCCGCCACCACGAUCAGCGGGUGGAUGUUACUGCGCCUCGCCAGCUGGAUCGCAAAGGCCCCGACCGCCGUGCCGCCUCCGUAGAUGACCAACGGAAUCGGCUCCUUGGCCGGCGCCCACGGCUCCGGGAGCCCCAGAUGACGGUACAGCCCGACGGCCGCCGUGGCUGCUGCGAGAGGGAUGGUUGCAGCCUCUAUCGCGUGGUCAGCAUCUCCCUCAGCAUCUCCCAAGACAAGUGUCUGCCUUGAAACCCACCUUCAAAGCUGAUCGCCUCGGGGAUAUGGAAAGUCGUGUGCUGCCACGCAAUAGCAUACUCGGCAAAGCUGCCGCCAGGCUUGGUCAUCUCGUGCAAGGCGGCCACGCGGUCGCCCGGCUUGAACUCGAACACGUUCUUGCCCACCUUGACCACCUCGCCUGCUAUGUCGUCGCCCUGGUUGAUCCGCGUGUCGGGCCGCCACUGCGGCAGCUUCCAAUCCUUGGGGUUCGACCCGCUCACCACCACCUUGAUGAGCAGCUGGUCAUCGUUAGGCUCGGGGAUUGGCGAGUCGACGAUCUCGACCGUGGGGCCUGUUGCUGUCAGUCCUGCCAGCGGUGGUGAGGCGAAAGCGUACCUUGAGUCACGAAUGCUUCCUUCAUUUUGUCCUAAGCGGUGCUGUCUGUUGUUGGUUGUCUGGGUUGUCUGCCCUGUCUCUGCCUGCUCAAGGUCGACUUCAUCAGGAGACAGACGUAUUUAUAGUUCCAUCCACCCGUCUCCGCUCGCCAGCAUGCCGGGCCUUGGAUGAUGUCAGCCUUUGACGCUGGCGGGGUUUCGGGGUGCCGAAAACCAUCCGAUCCCGCGCGGGGCUUCAUACUGGGUUGGUCAUUCUGCAGUAUUAAUAAUGCUUGGCAGCGAAGACGCGAUGGUGCCAUCAGAUGAACGUCAAAUAUCACGAGGCAUUGGUUCAGUGAGAUUGUGGUUUGUAAGCCCGACUUUUCGGACUUGGCCUCUCACUUUUAUCCCGCACAAGUAUCCAGCUCAGCACGCUCACCACAAAAGAAUGGUAGUUGCUAGUACAGGCCCCAGGGGUAAAAUUGCGAGUUGCUGCUACAAAGGAAAAGCACGCACAGGGAAAAAAUAGGAAGCCUCGUUGCUACCAACUGGGAUUGACACCCAUUCCACGAAAGCAAGGAGACGGGAUGAGACAUGAAAACGCACAAAAGGAGACCUAAAGAGGAUGAGAGGUGAGAAACGAGAUGGCCGGCAACUGGGUGCUGUUCUACCAACGAGUCCAUUGUGCAUCUUCCAGCCCCCGAGUCUGCCAGAGCUCUACUCAAAGCAAAAGGUUCGCUACGCCCACAAACCCGAUCAGUGCGAGGCCUCCUUUGCCCACCGCCGUGCCACUCUUGGCGCCGCUGAUGGGCACAGUGGGAGGGCGCGAGGUUGUAGGGCUGGCGGAAGCAGAGCUGCUGCGCGAGGACGAAGAGCUGACCGUGGAGGAGCUGGUCGUGGCGCGCGACGACGACGCAGCCGAGGACGAAGAGCUGCUGGCGCGCGACGAGGACGACGCAGAGGACGAGCUGCUGGCGCGUGACGAGGACGAAGUUGGGCAUAAUGUCGCCGUGACCGUGAUCGUCACCACGCCUCCGGUGCUGGUCGGGCGGGUCGAGGACGACGAGCUGUUGCUCGCUCGAGACGACGACGAGCUACUCGUAGGUCCAGCUGACGAGGACGAACUACUGCUGGUAGGUCUCGCUGAUGAGCUGCUGCUGGUCGGUGGACGCGACGAGGACGAGCUCCCGCUACUGGUAGUACCGGUAGGCCUCGCCGAGGACGAGCUUCCAGCGGUACUAGGCCCCGUCGAAGAACUGCUGCCCGUUGGACGACUCGACGAGUUUCCUGUACCAGUUGGCCCCACCGAGGAGCUGCUGCUUGUCGGGCGUGACGAGCUCCCAGUACCAGGCCCCGUCGAAGAGCCGCCGGUACUGGUAGGCCUAGCCGAGGAGCUGCUCGUAGGCCCAGCCGAGCUAGUCGGCCUCACCGAGCUGCUACCACCCGGAAGCCCCCCGCCGGCGCAGCCCGUGCUGGUACAGCGGUCGCCCGGGUUGCAGUACCAGCCGGUGCAGCAGACGGCGCCCUGCGGGAUGCAGCCCGAGGGCCCACACCGCACCUGGCCCUCCUUGCACUUGCCAGGGCCCGGGCACGCCCUGGUCAGGGCGCAGCACGUGGCCUCGCCCGUGCAGUACUCGGUCCCCGCGCAAAAGGCGUUGUUGCCGAGUCGGCAGCAUGUCGCGGCCGCCGGGACGCAGCUGCUGUCGCACACCUGCUGGCCGGCCGGGCACGUCACGGGCGCGGACUGCCGGCGGAUCAGGCGGGCGGCCCAGUUGGGGGAGAGGAGGGAUGGGCCCAGGCCCAGGGCGGGGAGCGUCGCCUCGGUGAGGUUGGCGGCGUCGAGGCCGGGCUCGAUCCAUGUCGUGUCGGCGGGGUCGUCUUGGAGUGCGGCCACGUCACUGGGGAGGUCGGACCCUUGAAGGGGCAUGGCGAGGAAGAGCAGGGGGAUGAAGCUCGUGGUGAGCAGCAUGAUGGCAGAGGUUACUUGGAUGGUGUGUGUGUGUGUGUGUGUGUGUGUGUGUAUUGGGCAGUUUGAGGGUUUCUGGUCUGGAGAUAAUGGUGAUGGACAACAACGUCCGGUGAUGGCUAUUUUAUAUAUAUUUGGCUUGUCAUUCAGGGCGCUGCUGGCGCUGAUCUUGGCAUAGUGCUGAUAAUGUGCAGAAGCUGGCCAUGAGGCUGCAGAUUAGGCACACCAGCCGCGUUACGGACAUAUUUACAAAUAUUAGGUGGCAUUGAGACUA